UCCUCUCAUCUUAUGUGACAUUAAAUGUAAUUAUGUUGUUUCAGAGGCUCAGUGUCUGCCAUUAUGUGCUAAAGUACGGACGGAAUAAAGCUUCUCUUGAGCAUACCUGUACAGCCCUCUGCCUACAGUCUCUUUCCACUAGAUACAAGCCAUAUAUUUUGUAUUCAUAUGUUGAGGGGUUCCAGGCAAAGGUGUCUUCUGAACAUCUCUUCAGCAGUACUUAUAUGUCCAGUAACUACCGUAUACAAUUAAUAAUUUCCACAAAUGUGUCAACAAAACAAAAAAUAUUCUGGCAUAAUUGUCAGAGAUUGAAUAAACACAUUUUUAUGUAUUUGGGUGGUGCAUUUCUUUCUUUUCAUUCAUGUUGCGACAUACGGCCACAUUAGACUCCAUCUGCAGUGGUCUUCUAGGUUACCAGUUUGGCGUGAAUCACAUGAAAAACAUCUCUAUAAUGGACUGUAGCCAAUCUACUGGCAGUAUGAGCACCGCUAAUUAAAUCCCRCUUGGAAAUCAGUCAUGCAGUUGAAACACAGUCUGCCUCUGUUUCUAUAAACACUACACAAUAGAUGUUCUGCUUUUUGCUCUCACUCAGCAGGAAAUGUCCUCGGCUGUUCAGAGAAACCGGUUGAGAUGUUUCUUAUUUUACCACAAGCCUCCCCCAGCCGAUUCUCAUACCAACACUGUGCACCAAAAAGCAGAAGUGAUCAGGAGGAUGUGUGACAGRUCACUUGUGUCCAGGACUAAGCGGUAGCACGUUGCUGUAGUCUGUGAUUCGGAGCAGCCGCUGAGCUCCAGCCCUCUCUGGAGUAGUACACCCAGUCUCAGUGGGAAACUCAACCAGUCUCCCCUUCCUUCCCUGGCAGGGAGCAGCCGUCAGCAUGGAGGAUACCACAGCCAUAGUCACCACAGACCAUUCCUUUCUUGUUUAUCUCAGUUGUGCACCAGUCACCAAAGCUGCAAAGCAGCAGGCCCCAGGUGAUGAGGAGGACGAGGAAGCCGGGGGCUGGGACAUAGGAACAGAAAGCUGGAACACACAGAGUGCCGCUUCUGCUGUGAUGAAACUCCCUGUGCUCACGCAGCCUGGCCUGGGGGUAACCACGACAACAGUGACCACCAUCACUCAGACGGGAGGGGACUGGAGCAGCAGUCUGUUCAACGUGUGUGGAGACAGGAGCACAUGUCUCUUAGGGGCCUUUGUGCCCUGUUGCUUGGACCUGAGUCUGGCCCACCAGUACGGGGAGUGUCUGUGUCUGCCCCUGCUCCCUGGCUCCACAUUCGCCAUGCGGGUGGGCAUCAGGGAGCGAUACAAGAUACAGGGCAGCGUCUGUGAGGACUGGACUACAGUGUAUUGCUGCUACCCCCUGGCCAUCUGUCAGAUGAUCCGAGAGAUGAAGAGGAGGAUGAAGAGCCAAACCUACAAGGUAUCCACUGCACUAGAGUGCUCCUGACAACAUGGCUGUAUGUGUGCUAGAUUCAUUCAUCCAGGCCAGGACCACAUCUUAUUCAUAUUACAAUAUGCAUGAUCUAACCUUGGUACCUGUAGCAAACUUGGCUUGUGUAUAGAACCUUCAGAGGCUCAUGUCAUUUCAUUGGUGCAUCACUGAUGUCUGCAUAUUACUAUGUCACAGAUGGAUGGAUGAUUACUAUGUCACAGAUGGAUGGAUGAUUACUAUGUCACAGAUGGAUGAUUACUAUGUCACAGAUGGAUGGAUGAUUACUAUGUCACAGAUGGAUGAUUACUAUGUCACAGAUGGAUGAUUACUAUGUCACAGAUGGAUGGAUGAUUACUAUGUCACAGAUGGAUGGAUGAUUACUAUUACAGAUUACUAUGUCACAUCCAUCUAGAUGGUGAUUAUUACAGGUCUCUAUGGGGGUCAUCAUACUACAGGUGCCCGUUUGGUGUCUUAUGAGAGCCCUCGUGAUCAUUCUAGGGUUUCUGAGGACAUCCCUGUUAAAGAUGAGUCGGGCAUAUGUAAAAUAAAGUUGGUUAAGUUAAGAAUUAAGUCAAGAAUGUAUUUGGGGAUGGGGACUUGGAGUAGGCUUAGUAUUUGAGCCUAUGUUGGAUGUGGAACAUCAGUGAUACUUUACCAGACAAUGUUUCAUAAAUGUUUGUAAAGUAAAAUAAAAUUCCUAACCAAUUGUAUGAAACAGUCCAUGUAGGCUAAGCCAUUAAAUAAUAAAACCUA